CUGGGUUUUCCUCUCCUCCUCCGCCAUCGAGGCCGGGCGCUAUGCUGAGGUAGCUCCCAUCUUCCAGUUGACAGCGCCGCCGGUUUCCCUCAGCCUCCCUCUGGUUCUGCUGCAGCUGCUGCUUCCGAGGGGAGAAGGAGGAUGGAAGCUGUAGGCGCCUAUGGCGCUGGCAAAGCCGGGGGCGCCUUCGACCCCCAGACCUUCCUCCGGCAGCCCCACACGAUCCUCAGGAUGGUCUCCUGGCUUUUCUCCAUUGUUGUAUUUGGCUCCAUUGUGAAUGAAGGCUACGUCAACAAGCCAAAUGAAAUGGAAGAAUACUGUAUCUACAACCGCAACCAGAAUGCCUGCAACUAUGGCAUCACCGUGGGAGUCCUUGCCUUCCUCAGCUGCCUUCUUUAUCUGGCAUUAGAUGUCUACUUUCCACAGAUCAGCAGUGUCAAGGACCGCAAGAAAGCUGUGCUCUCUGAUAUUGGUGUAUCUGGUUUCUGGGCAUUUCUCUGGUUUGUUAGUUUUUGUUUCCUGGCUGAUCAGUGGCGUGUUUCCAAGAAAGAAGACAACCCAUUGAAUGAAGGAGCAGAUGCAGCCCGAGCAGCCAUUGCAUUCUCCUUUUUCUCUAUUUUUACCUGGGGCUUCCUGACAUUUCUGGGCUUUCGGAGACUUGGAGAAAUUACUUUUCAGGAAGAAUACAACACACUGUUUCCUAGUUCUCCACCAGUGCUCCCCUAACCCCAUUUCCAUAAAAAUUUUGAAUAUAAGGAUGGAAAUAUUCAGGGUGAAAAUACUUCCAAUUCCCAUUCUCAGGGACAGAAAGAAAGAUAAGAGAGAAAGAAGAAUAAAACAUAAGAUAUUUGUGCAGCCGAUGUGGUGAGGAGAAAGAAACCACCAGCAUUCCUCAGAAUUUGGAAAGUUGCCCCCAUCCUUUAGCUCUAAGUAGCUGAAAUCAGAAUGGGUACUACUCACAUCUUCCAGGUUUUUUUAUUCCCUCUGUGUCCUCUUCCCAAGCUAAUUGCAGAUAACACUGAUGUGCCUUUCUCUCAAUCUUUAUACAGUCUUAAUAUGUUUAACCACAAGAGGUCAUUGUCAAAAAGCAUUUUAUACUUCUGCUUACUAUUGUCUCUUCUUGGCUUACUUUUCCCUGGCACAAUCCAUAAUACUGGAAGACAACAAGAACUGAGCUGAUUCUUCGGUGCUUGUUUCACCAAAGAGCAUUGUGCAAAUAACAGCCUCUCUUUACCAUUGCCUUGAUCAGUUUUGUGUGUGGAAAGGGCCAAUCUACUCUGUCUCCCUAUUUACCAGCCUCUGUAGCCACCUAGUACUGGUAAAAGCAUGCCUGAAUAUUCCUAGUAAAAGCAUGUUUAUUUUGCUCUCGGGAACUUCGCAACUCAGCCCAGUACACUGCUAUUGCUGGCUACACAGAGUGGUGCAUCUGGCAUUAAUCCUUCAGUCAUUCCUGCGGGCCAGGCAUAUGAAUGGGAAGAAGACUGAUGCAGGCUGAAGCCCUUGGUAUGUGUGGGCUGUGCAAUUUGGGGAUGCUCUUCCAGAAAUAGGUGCCAUGUUUCAUUUGGUGAAUUGGAACACACACACAGAGCCACUUUCUCACUUCUGCCACCCUUUUCUCAAAUUGAUGAAAUAGUAGAGGCUGUAGACCAAGCCCCCCACAAAAAGAUGUAUCCUUAGAGCAAAUUAUUCUUUCCAGUUCUCUUUGUCACUCUGUUGCAUCUUUCCUGAACUUGCGUUCUCUGUGGGCUGUGCCAAACCUUCCUGCUUUUCAAAAUGCAUUUGCGUUCAACUUGUUUAAUUCCAGGUAUUUCUCACGCACUAAUUUAUGUCUUGUGCACUAACCGCUACUAACCCACCUUCUGUUUGUUUCUCCUUGGUUAUGUUUCCCUUUAUUUUCCCCAUGUCUUUCUCCUUCCCAUUUUCCCACCAUCUCUCCCAUACUGCUGCAUCCUCCCUUAAAGGUGGGCCAGUCAUUUCUGGCAUUCCAGCGAUACCAACUUGGAGCCGAUUCAGCCCUCUUCUCCCAGGACUACAUGGACCCGAGCCAGGAGGCUGGCAUGCCUUAUGCACCCUACACAAAUGAGGCUGACACUACAGAUAGC